AUGGGUAGGUGGGCAAUAGCAGUACACGGUGGUGCUGGAAUCGACCCAAAUCUUCCCGCCGAGAGACAAGAACAGGCCAAACAGCUUUUGACUCGUUGUCUCAAUCUCGGCAUAGCAGCUUUAUCUUCCAAUGUCUCCGCCAUUGACGUCGUUGAGCUCGUCGUGAGAGAAUUGGAGACGGAUCCUCUGUUUAAUUCAGGCCGUGGAUCUGCUUUGACGGAGAAAGGAACGGUGGAGAUGGAAGCUAGCAUUAUGGACGGUACGAAGAGACGAUGCGGUGCCGUUUCAGGGAUCACCACCGUGAAAAACCCAAUCUCGCUUGCUCGUCUCGUUAUGGACAAAUCUCCCCACUCUUACCUUGCUUUCUCAGGCGCCGAGGAUUUCGCUCGCAAACAGGGAGUUGAUAUUGUGGACAACGAGUACUUCGUCACGGACGAUAACGUUGGGAUGCUUAAGUUGGCCAAGGAAGCUAACUCAAUCUUGUUUGAUUAUCGGAUUCCGCCGAUGGGAUGCGCUGGAGCAGCCGCAACCGACAGUCCAAUCGUUAUGAACGGACUUCCGAUCAGCAUUUACGCGCCGGAGACAGUCGGAUGCGUAGUGGUGGACAAGGAAGGACGGUGCGCCGCCGGAACAUCAACCGGUGGUCUGAUGAACAAGAUGAUGGGUAGGAUCGGAGACUCGCCGCUUAUAGGAGCAGGCACGUACGCGUCGGAGCUUUGUGGGGUUUCGUGUACCGGAGAAGGAGAAGCCAUCAUAAGGUCGACGCUAGCUCGUGACGUGUCGGCUGUUAUGGAGUAUAAAGGACUUGGGCUUCAAGAAGCGGUUGAUUACGUCAUCAAGCAUCGGCUCGACGAAGGGUUCGCUGGACUCAUCGCUGUGUCAAAUAAAGGAGAAGUGGUUUGUGGUUUUAACUCUAAUGGGAUGUUCAGGGGAUGUGCAACAGAGGAUGGGUACAUGGAGGUUGCUAUGUGGGAGUGA